GUCGCUGGACGUAUUAUUAGCCAAGGUGCUCGGGCAACGGCAAACAACUCUUACGAACGAAGAACUUCGCGAGCCCAGUCGCUGGAGUAGCAUACAAAGUGUCCCGGCCAUGCACGUCGGCAACAGCCGCCAGAGCCCGCUCGCCUGGAUCCUGCGCGCGUCGCUGGUGCUCCUGCUGCUGGUGGCGGGCCGCGAGGGCGCCUACCUGACCGCCAAGGAGCAACCUGGCGACGAGGAAGGCCGCGCCGCCGCCGACCUGGGAGAGUUCGCCGGACUGGCGGCGCUGCUGCGCGAGUACCUGGCCGGGAGAAUGCAGGAGCUGCCGCCGUCCAGGACGCACUUCUCCUCGGACUCCACCGCGCCACAGCUCAGCGUCGCCAAGAGAGGAGUGAUGAUGGGUGUGGACCUUCCGGACUUCAUCCUGAACCGGAACCAGCCGUCCCUGAAGAACCUGCAGGCUCUUCGGCAGCGCCUGUUCGAGAGCGGCCGGAGGCGGUGAUUCCCAGGAAGAACCGCGUCCAGGAAGCACCCCCGAAAACUCCUCGGACCGCGCCAGCCGCGCCUCUUUUCUCUCCCGCGAGACAUGGCCCAUUCCUUCGAAAACCACUUCAUUUGACAAAAAGCUAUCAACGUGGAUCAGCGAUGAAAUCUUCUUGAUCAAGAUUCUUCAUUCAGAGGGUGCGACCCUGAAGAAGGGAAAUCUUUGCACAUCCGAGAAGAGCUACCUAGUUCUUGGAUUCUAUUUAAAACAAAAAUACGUAGCGUAGGCACGACAAUCGAUGCGAGACGAAAGGGCACACAGCCGUGGUCGCUAAUAAAGAUCGACGACGUAUGUGAUAAGAGAAAACAAAUGAAGAGUACCUUUAGGGACAAGAGUAAGCCAGUUCUGUUGCUGAAUAUAGUUGUUAAAUUAUGGUUCGGUUGAAAAGAAAAGAAAAUAAUAGUGUGUUGUGUACUGCAAACUGAGUAUGAAAGUCUGUUUUGUGCGGCUCUUGUAACUAUGUGCUUUGUGUUGCGGUGUUGUGUCACGUCAAGCGGAGUCACCGUUGUGUGCAGUGCUGAGUAAAGUCAUUGUUUUGUUCUUGUUUCCAUUGCAUUGUGAAUAAAGCACCAAUUAAACUAGUGUUUCGAAACUGA